AUGACCGAAUUCCGAGUGCCUAUGCACCAGGGUCCCCCACCCCGGAAACCAAUACACACUGCCCAACAUGGCUACCCGUACCAGCCCUACGAUGCCCCUAGAAAUCUUGUGCCUCACUCAGCUGCGCCUUUAACAACCCACAGUCGCACUCGCACAACUUCCUCCCACGUGCUCCCCUACGGAUCAGGCUCCCACCAACAUUACCAACAAACACCUCCUGCAAUUCCACACCAUGCCAUGCCUCCUCCAACCGCUUUUCCACCUUCACGGCGGCUUUCCAGCACCACUACGUCGACUACAUCAACCGGUAACCACAUGCCGCACACAGACCCAAAUAUCCGACGAAGCGCCUCCAACCGCUCGGCAAGUUCGCAACUAGGGUAUGUGGCUCUGAUGCGGCGGCAGAAAGCGACCGUCUGGUGCGAUCGGGCGCAAUCAGAAGAUGCUCGCAUGCGCGAGGCAGCACUGCGGGACAAGAAGAGAGCAUAUCUUGAGGUCCAUGGCGCUGGCGCCGGUCGUUCAGGCGGUUCUAGCGGAAAGAUUCGGCACGGAGGCAAGGCGGGACUGGAUUUCUCGCCAUCGAAUUUGGUGGGCGCCAAGGUUCCCGUGCGACUCAGUGCAAACGAGAUCGGCGAUGCCGACGACGAUGCCCAUAGUAGUGAGGGUGGUAUCAUUCACCGCAGGACUGGCAGUGGCCGCAGCUCGCUUGGAAGCAACCGGUACCCCAGCGGUUACCAGCGCACGCAGGGCACCAUGGGAAGCAAUAGCACACCGCCUAAUGAGAAGAGUGAUCUGCCUGAUGUCUCUGAAAACACACCCGCUGAGAUGCAGGAGGAGGAGAAGAGCCGAUUAUCAUCACUUGUCAAGGAUGAUGCUGCAACAUCACAUAGCAGCGAACAGGAAGACCUGGUUGGUGACAUGGAGGCUCCCAGUGCAGCUGUUGCAUCAAGCCAGAAGGUCCACAAAGCCGAUGAGCUACGGCGACGAGGUAGUGUCGACGAGCGGACUACUUCUAUGACCAAUGUGCGACUCUUUGUUGCAAACCCUGAUCUUAGUGAUUAG